AAAAUAAAAACAACCGAACAAGUCAGGUGACGCGAGAAGAAAAUAUUUCAUAAAACCAUAACGAUAAUGACGCCGGAUCCGAAGGAAAAUAAGCCAAAACCCGAACCUCCGUCGGAAGAUAUCUCGGCUGGGAACAGCCAGGAUGAGCAGACAUCCGGCGAAGAAAGUGAGGAGGUGGACAUUGAGGUUUCAUUAGAUGAGUAUGAUUCAAUAAACAGUUAUUUGGACUCCUUAAACUCAGCGUUGGAUACGAUCGAACAGCGAAAUGAUGAUUUGAAGACACAAUUGUUAAAUCUGCUUCAGUCGAAUCGGGAAAUUCGUCAAUCAAUGCAGGAGGAGCACGCCAAACGGACCGGAUCUAGCGAAAGCUCGGAAAGGCAAGAAGACAAUGGAGAUGCGAUGGAGCAUUGAGGGGGUUUGGGUGUUGUAAUGUAAGUUAGACGGCUAGUGUAUUUUUGAAGGGUGUUGCUUCAUUCCCAUGCAUUAAAUUAUGUUGAUGUUGAAAUAGACUAUACAUGUUGAAUAUAUUUACAUUGUAUUAUGCAGUAACCAAACAUGGUAAGAAAUUACUAUUCAUGAU